AUGCAUCGCGAGCCGUCACCAGAUGCUAUGCCUCCCACACCCAUGGCCGAUGCACCUCCUUCUGCACCUCCCUCAGCGACGACACCAAGUGCCGUCGACCGUGCUCACUCCCCAGGAGCCAGCAUCCACUCGGUAUCUCAACCUCAGCCAGGCUCCCAACCCCAGCCUGACCCUCAACCCCGCCAUAUCCCCCGCCAUAUCCCCCUCCAUGUCCCCCUCCAUGUCCCCCUCCAUGUCCCCCUGCCGCCCUAUCCACACGAGCCCGACGUCCUGCCGCCCUACGAACCAGAGACCGACGAGUCAACGAGCCCCAACGAUUUCCUCGACAGCCUAGACGCCUUCAUCGCCAUCUGCCCCGACCUCAUCCUGCCCAUCACGGCCAUCCCGCCCGCGCCAACCUGGCAUGGCACUUCUGUCCCAGCCGACCGCCCAGCCCGGCAUGCCACCGACCGCGCCAACAGGAGCAACAGGAGCAGCAGCAGCAACGAUCCUCCAGGCGCCCCCUCCCUUUCCCCCAACACCUACCGCCUCUGCAGCAGCAUAGUUUACCACUUCUUCACGGCCAUCGCCUCGCGCCAAGACGAUGUCGUGCGCCUCUUCAUCGCCCGCGGCCUCGUCUCCCCCGACGUUCCCUCCGUCACCGGCGAGACGCCUCUGCUAGCUGCCGUCCGCGCCGGCGACGGCACCACCCUCUGCACCCUCGUCGAGCUCGGCGCCACCGUCGACGCCUACGGCUCGACCCACGAGGCCGACGUCCACGACCCGCGCCGCCGCCGACGCGCGACCGAUGCCCCGACGCGCCGCACGCCCCUGCAGUACGCCGCCGCCCUGGGCCGCCUGCCGCUCGUGAAAUUGCUGCGCGAAGACUUUGGCGCCGACGACGCCCUCGUCGCCCCCGACGGCGAGAUCGCCCUGCGCCUCGCCGCCCGCGGCCGCCACCGCGACGUCGUCGCCUACCUGCCCGCACGCCGCGCCGGCGCAGGCCUGCGCGUCAAGACGGCUCUGCGUCGGGGCGCCUCACGCGUGGCGCGCGUCGCGCGCGGCGUCGGCAAGGUCCUCUACGUCGUGCUGUGGCAGUGCCCGCUCAUGCUGACGUAUUAUCCGCUGCGCGAGGCGUGGCGCGCGCGCCGCCGUUUCGCCGGCUGGGCGAAGCGCCAGAUCGUCGAGGCGCCGCGGCGCGUGCUCCAGGCCAUCAAAAAGACGCCCGACGCGGCGGUCGAGGCGUGCCGGCUCUGCGGACGCGGCGUGCGCGCCUUCGGCAGGAUGCUCGCCAAAACGCCGGCGGCACUCGCCAUUGCGUGGGCGUGGGUCGCGCGCGGCCUUCGCCGUGUGAGCGGCGCCGUGGUCGAGGCGGCCAAGCGGGUCGUCGGCGUGCUGCACACGGCGCUGGCCGCCGUCGUGGGCUUCUUCCGCUCCAUCACGCCCAGGGACGUCUGGCACGGGCUCGUGGCUGCCUUGCGGGCUGUCUUUGUGGGGCUGCCGCAAGCCGUGUGGAGGUCUCUCGCCCGUUUUGGCCAGGUCAGCUGGGACGUGCUCACCAAGAUGGCCGGCGACCUGGGCAAGGUUGUCUGGCUCCUCAUCUGGUGUCUCUUCGCCAUGCUCUUGUGGUUGCCGAAGCAGGGCUGGAAGAUUCUGGUAUCGUGCGCCAAGGUCCUCUGGGCGGCUGUCGAGGAAGUCCUCGUGCUGCUGAACCCGAAGAGAGUAGGCUAG